CUUGACUAUAUCUUUUUAUAUAUCUACAUCUAUAUAUUCUUUCCUUGUAUAUAUUUUCAUUUAUAUUUCAACAUUCUGUAUAUGUAUAUAAAUUCUUUCUUUUAUUUCCAAGUUCAUAUAUUCUCACUUGUUCACGCCAUGUGUAUGUACUACAAGACUGUACAUUCACAGAGCAAGACAAUUUCCUGUCCAAAUCUACUUGGCAAACACAUUCUUAUAUUGAGAAACAACCUUUCUUUUGUUCCUAGACUUGGAGCAAACAUCCUUUCAUUGUCUCUUGUUUAUUGCAAUGAACUUGCAGGUAUAUAACAUCACUACAGAGAUGCUGGCAUGUUUGCUUUUCUCACAGUCUGCUUCUCUCUUCUUUGUUCUUUUCAACUUUGUUUUGCCUCCCUUUUUGACGCUUAUUUCUUUGUCUCAUCUUUUCUGAUGUUGGUAAAAACAACUUGUUUUCUCUACCACAUCAUCACUCUACUCUCUGCCUUCGUCCUGUCCACUCAUGCUGACCAUCUCAUCCAGCUGCUAGUGAGGAUCGAAUCAAAUCUUGUGGAGGAUCAACUUAUACUUAAUUAUUUCUCUGCAUUUUCCAAUCUUAUUCCUUACCGUCACUUCCACUCCUUCGAAGUCUAUAUUCUCUGCAUAUUUAAUGAGCUCAUUACUUCGCGAGACAUUUUGUGACAUCUAUCCCUUUUUUCUAAUCUAUUUGAAAUUGUGAAGUGUAUAUAUUUCUAUUCACGGAUUUGUGCAAUUUAUCUGAGAUUCUGAGCGGCUGGAUCCCAUUCUAUCUUCUGGCGAGCAAGAAUUAAGACUCACAAUGAAUGAAGAUAAGCCACCAUUCCAUGUGGCCCUGGCUGCUGGGGCGAUAGCUGGUGUUUCUGUUGAUGCCUCCCUCUUCCCAAUAGACACGGUCAAGACGCGUCUUCAAAGCUCGCAAGGUUUCUGGAAAACAGGAGGAUUUCGUGGGAUUUACUCUGGUAUCUUGCCUGCCUUUUUAGGCUCGGCCCCGUCCGCUGCUCUGUUCUUUACCACAUAUGAGGCAGCAAAGUCUGUCGGAAACACGUACGUCCCGCAGCAGUAUGAUCCCUUGGUGCACAUGGCUGCAGCGUCGUGCGGUGAGGUCAUGGCGUGUUUGAUACGAGUACCGACCGAGGUUGUCAAGCAGCGAGCUCAGGCCACUCGGCAGGCGAGUAGCGGUAUCUUCCUCCACGCACUCCAGGGUGAGGGCGUGACUGGACUCUACAGGGGCUACUUUGUGACCUUGCUACGGGAGAUCCCCUUCUCCCUAAUCCAGUUCCCCUUGUGGGAGUUUACCAAGAAGAUGUGGGGCGGUCAUCGAGGCCGUCCUGUGGAUGCCUGGCAGUCGGCUGUCUGUGGAUCCUUUGCGGGAGGCAUUGCCGCUGCUGUGACCACUCCUCUCGAUGUCAUGAAGACCAGGAUCAUGCUUGCAUCGAAAGACAGCAGUCUAGGUAGAGGAGUGGUUUCUAAGGUUGCUGGGAACAUCAUCAGGGAGAAAGGAUUAAGAGGACUCUUUGCUGGUGUUGUACCUCGGGUUAUGUGGAUUUCAAUAGGAGGGUUUGUGUUCCUAGGCAUGUAUGAAAAGUCAAAGAUAGUAAUGCUACGCUUUCAAAAUCAAAGACUAACAUAUUCUAAAGAAACAUAAGACAGAUCUGUGGUUUCAGCAACUAUAAGUUUACCAGCAAGCAAUGGAGCAUUGAAUGCUUACAAUGUAUGUCAUUACAGAAGUCUACAACACAAAUUUUUGUUUGGAUCUAUACUUCAGAAUUGGGGUGAAGUUUGACAUACAGUUUGCAUAUGUUUCUGUUGAAUAUAACUUCUGAAGGUUUCUAUGGUGAAGAUGAAGAGUGUACUGGUUUCACAGUACACCAUGUAUUUUGUCGUGGGCAUAUGUUGUUCCUGGAACCACUACACUUCUUCUGUUGAAUAAAGCGCCAAAAUGUCUUGUGAACACAAUCCCCUGUCUGUGUCUAUAUAGUUAAGAAAAGCAUUAUCAGAAUAGUUUAUAAACAAAAGUGUAUCACACCAGUUACCAUUUGCUCCUUACAAAUUGCCUGACAUAGCAAUACUCCAUUCAUAGAAACACAACUGUCAACAUCAAGCCUCCUUGAUUACCAUCAGUGUG